AUGGGGCAGGUGUUUGUGUUGAGAGGCAUUUUCUUUGGAGGUUUUCAUUUGAUUGGAGAGAAGGAGGAAAGUAAUUUGCAUCACAAGAUGAGUUCCCAAGUUAGUCAGAACUAUCACCAGGAUUGUGAAGCUGCUGUCAACAAGCAGAUUAAUGUGGAGCUCACUGCCUCCUAUCUCUAUCAGUCUUUGAUGUCCUACUUUGACCGGGAUGAUGUUGCUCUCCCCCAUGUCUCCCAGUUCUUCAAAGGUCAGUCCCAGGAGAAGCAGGAACAUGCAGAGAAGCUGCUGAAAUUCCAGAAUCAGCGUGGAGGUCGUGUCCUCCUCCAGGAUGUGAAGAAGCCAGAGAGGGAUGAGUGGGGUAACAGCCUGCAGGCAAUGCAGGUUGCCCUGAAUCUGGAGAAGAAUGUGAACCAGAGUUUGCUGGGUCUACACCAACUUGCCACUGCCCAGACUGACCCUCAUCUGUGUGACUUCCUUGAGACUCACUAUUUGGAUGAGGAGGUGGAGAUCAUCAAGCAACUUGGGGACUACAUCACCAACCUGAAGCGCCUGGGAGCCCCUGAGAUUGGGAUGGGAGAGUACCUGUUUGACAGGCUCUCCCUGGAGGACAGCAGUAAAGCUAAAGAACUGAUCGUUGAUUUCAGAAGGAAAGGAAGAGAACGUACUCCCGUUUACGUCAAUGUUGUUCAGCUGCGGGAGCCCGCAAAUGGUCUGCUCAAGGAGCUCCGGCUCAAAAUUGAUGAUCAGGAAUCUGAACUCCAAACACUGCAGCACAUCCAGGAGGGGGAGAAAUACCUCGAUACUGUGUUCCAGGGGGCAGUCACACCUGUGAAAAACUCAAAUAACAUACCGAAAACUAAUGACAAGAAGGUUAUAGCAGGUACCCGCAAGUAUCCUUUGACCUUUGAAAACAAAAACCUCGGGCCUCGCAAGCUGUCUACUUUCUUGGCUUGGAAGAGACAACUGGUCACCUAUGGCUCAAAAUUCCUCUUUCUAACAAAACAGGAAAAUACACCUCAAAGCGAGAGUAUCUUCAGAGGAUAA